CCCAUUCAUCCUUUCCAUCGUCACCUUUGUUCCUCACCACAACAUCCAAGCGCGGACACGAUCCCCAUCGACAAGGCCCCCAUGGCUGUCUUGUCCCUACCGCUCAACUUUACCAAUUCCUUCUGGACUCAGGACUAUCGCAAGGGUCUUGAGGUCCUCUACAACAAACUUGAGCAGGGCACAGCGGAGAACGAUGAGAUCGUCGCGUUCAUUCGGGCUCGCGCAGCAGCGGAGAAUGAGAUAGCUGCUUCCUUGGCCAGCUUGCCCGGUGGUACCAAAUACGGCUUCGGCAAAGACGAUGGUGCUUCCCUGCUCAUGACGUUUCGUGGCCUCCAAGCCGAAAGCACCGCUCAAGGCAGAGCCCACAAAGACAUCGCAAACGACCUGAUCAAAUUGGUCGCCGACCCGUUCAGUGAUUGGGCCAAGGGUUACAAGGAGAGGUUGCUUAAUAGCAAAGGGACCGUGCUCUACAACUGGCUCGUGGCAUACGAAGAUGCGCAGACAGAGGUUUCAAAGCUGAGACAAGCAUACCUUCAGAAGAACCGCAAAGCGGAUGAAGCAGAGGAUGACGCUAAAUUCGCUCCGAACAAUGAUUUUGACAAGUAUACCACUUCGCCUCGUCUUGGCCCAAGAGACUCCCGAGCGCCUCCCCAGCGGACUGCAAGCGUCUCAGAACGUAUCGCUGCGCGUUUCAGGGACAUACAACGACGAGCUGGUGUGACGAAGACGGAUAGCACUGAAUCUCAUUUCACCAAUGAACCCACCGAGGAGAAACCCGACGAGGAGAAGGCAAUCGUCACCGAGGAGCCUGAGUCUAUCCUCGAACCAGUCGACAAGGGCAAGGGUAAGGCUGUAGAAUCGCCGCCUACCCUUGCAAUGUCCCCUCCGCCCAUGUCCCCGGCCCUUCCGCCUCCAUCCGUGAGCGUUCGGUCCCCGACUACGGAAGCGGAGACGACGUACGUACUGUCGGAGAUUGCAUUCAACCCGAAGGAUCUCUCGCAGUUGCUCUACCGUGCAGCACACACCAUGCCCCUUCGGCCUAAGCGCUUCCCUGUCAUCGGUGAAUACCAGGAGUGCUUCACUGGCGACGAGCUCGUCAGUUUCUUGGUCCAGAGUGUCCCUUCGUUUGAAGGUGACAUGGGCCGCGCGGAAGAUGCGGCCAAGGAGCUGUGUGAAGGUGAGGCCCUUGGCGUUCUGAGGAGGCUUGGAGAGUUCGGCAACCUGUGGGAGGCAGGAGACGACGUCUGGUAUCAGUUCCGUCCCAAGGCCUUCAAUUUAGAAGGGAAGCUUUCGGGAGAUGUCCCCAUGUCUCCCGGAGCGAACAUAGCUGGUAACUUGUUCAAGCGCUCCAACAACUUCUACAGUGUCGUCCAGAAGGCACUAGUCACUAACACAAAUGAUGACGGGCCGGCCUAUAUUCGCCUACGUCAGGAGGCUGAAGAAGCAGAUCAGGUCUACCGAGUCGCGGUCCGCAAACUCGAUCGUCAGAGACUCGGAGUUGAGGAGAGAAUUGAAGAGACGCUGAAAACGCUACAGAAGUGGGAGCAUGAGAGGUUGAGAGCUGUCAAGACUGUGCUCCUUCAAUACCACGGUACCUUGGCCAACCAGUCCAAGGCGCUUGAGCCUUCCCUGGAGCGGUCAUCCACUCUAAUUUCUGCCUACAUUCCCGAGUCCGACCUCAGCGCACUCAUCGAACGCUAUCGCACAGGGCCCUUCCGGCCCGUCGCCCACCUCUACGAGUCCGUAGCGCACGACGAGUCCGAUUCCGUAUUCGGUAUCGACUUGCGUAAGUGGGCCGAAGGUGGAUGGGACGCCCUCACGACGGGCGAGGAGAAGAAGGACCUCGUCCCGCCCGUCCUCACUGCGAUGCUCAGCUCCCUUCAAGAAAAAUAUGCGAGCAUCUCGGACGACGGCGAAAAACGCAAAGCGUGGAUCUAUGAUGUGCCUCUUCCUGUGCUGCACCAUCUGCGGGAGAGCUUGAACGCGGUUCCUCCUGGUCAGCCGUUCACGUCUGAGCUGCUAGGCAAAUACGAUGUGCCGAUUCUCGCGGGGGCUGUCAAGCUUUGGACGCUCGAGCUGAACCCCCCGAUUGCUCUUUGGGAAGGCUGGGAUGAUGUCCGGAAGAUAUACCCUGUUGUUGGCUCUGCUGCGAAGACCGAGAACAGCGAAUCAACUAACCCGGAGCAGCAGCGGAUUCAGGACCUCCAGUCCGCACUCCUGAAGUUCCCCAAGGUUCAUCUCUCUGUCCUUGAUGCUUUGGUCAGCCACUUGAAGAAGCUCAUUGACUCUACCAAGACUGACGAGGCUAAUAAUGUCUACAUCAACAAACUGGCGUUGUCAGUUGGCAGGACGAUAAUUCGCCCCAAGCAGGAGACACACAUCACUAUCCAAGAUCGUCAUCCCACACUUCUUUUCAUUGACCUGAUCGAGCAUUACGACGAAAUACUGCCGCCGACGAUCAUCAAGAAGAAGCGCGAAUCCGAGCGCCGUGUUCCUGUCCGUAAGCGAACGGCACCAAUCGACAUGCGCGUGAGCCGAGGCAAAAUCUCGGUUGGCGCACCUUCUCGCGAGAUUCUGGCUGCUCAGCAACAAGCGCAACAGAAACCACCGGUCUCGACACCGCAGCCUUCGCCUGCCACUCAGCCACCCCCGCCUCCAAAGCCCGUGACCUUGAGUGACCCACCCGUCCCUGCACCUCCGCCAGCUGCUGCUGCUCCAGCGGUCACUGCUACUCCAUCUGCACCUGCCGCACCGCCUGCUGCUCCUGCCUCUAAACCUGCUGCUCCAGAGAAGCCCAAGGAAGAAUCGUCCGACGAAGAUGAAGACGAUGAUGACGAUGAUGACGACGACGACGACGAUAGCGACGAUGACGAUGAUGACGAUGACGACGACGAUAGCGAUGAGGAGGAGGAGGAGAAUGCGCGUCCAGCAUUCAAGGAGCCUCCACCCGAAAGUGAUCCUCCAAGGCCUAGCUUCAACGACCCUCCCCCGGAAGCAAGUGAUGCUCCUGAGUCGAAGCCUCCUUCCUUCGUGACACCUCCGAUGACACCGCUUGCCGAGGUUGACAAACCCUUGUCUCCAGCUUUGUCUCACGUUCCCGCUCCCGCUCCCACAGCGCCGCACAACCCGACACAGGCGAUUCGCCGAAACUCGCGUCCCGCGAGCCCUUCUGUGCAGGCCACCGUGAAUGAGGAUCAACCACUAGGUAGCGGCAAAUCCGGCCUCUCGCGGCACGGCUCCGGCCAAAACGCUCCCGUGGGCGUGCGCGGCCCGCGCAUCUCGCGAGGACCCAGGGCGCCGGGAGGCGGUAGUGUGAGCUCGAUGGUGUCCAACUUCAACAACCGGGUCGCGGGCGCUGCGUCGCCGCCGCCGUCUCCUGGACUGAACAGGCUGCCUGGACAGAGGCCCUCUUCGCGUGGGACGUGAUGGCUAGGAGUGCGGCGGGCCGUCCACUCUCGACGCGGGCGAUGGCCAGCGAUGCUGAAGACCAGAUCGUGGACCAGUAGACGAGGAUUGGAAUGGUGAAGAGAUGCAAGAUUUUUGAACUUGAGAGUAUGUAUAAACUGGAAGUCGAAAUGUAGCACUAUGAUUUACUUGUUCGUAACGUUGAUAACCGAUUGGCUUUUAGGUAGUCUAUGAUAUAUGAAUCGAAGAUCAUGAUUCG